AAACCGCUGUCAGAGGAAGUGACGUGGCGGGUGGCCGCGGUAUUUCCGCUGCUCGAACGGUCUCAAACAUCAGAAACAAUUGAUUAUAAAUUUGGAUCGAAGCGGAGAGAAGAAGGAGCUCGCGGAGCCGCGGCUGGGCUGAAUGGCGGCGGCAGUUUCUGCGCAGGGAGGGCCGGCUCUCAUCAUGGAGAAUGGACAGAGCACCACCACCAAGCUGGGUCUGCCGCCGCUCACCCCCAACCAGCAGGAAGCGCUGCAGAAGGCAAAGAAGUAUGCCAUGGAGCAGAGCAUUAAAAGUGUCCUGGUGAAACAGACUCUGGCUCAGCCGUUCCCCAGCCUCCAGAUUCCAUCUCUGACAAUGGGGUUAGGAGACGCUCUGUCCCCUCUGCAGUCGGUGGCGGCUCAGCGUCAGAGAGCUCUAGCCAUUAUGUGUCGGGUCUACGUGGGCUCCAUCUACUACGAGCUGGGGGAGGACACCAUCAGACAGGCCUUCGCUCCGUUUGGACCAAUCAAAAGCAUCGACAUGUCCUGGGACUCUGUCACCAUGAAACACAAGGGUUUCGCCUUCGUAGAGUACGAGAUGCCCGAGGCGGCCCAGCUGGCUCUGGAGCAGAUGAACUCCGUCGUCUUAGGAGGCAGAAACAUCAAGGUCGGGAGGCCCAGUAACAUUGGCCAGGCUCAGCCGAUCAUUGACCAGCUGGCGGAGGAAGCUCGUGCCUUCAACAGGAUCUACGUGGCGUCGGUUCACCCUGACCUCUCUGACGAUGACAUCAAGAGCGUCUUCGAGGCCUUUGGCAAGAUCAAGUCCUGCAUGUUGACCCGAGAGCCAACCACCGGGCGCCACAAAGGCUACGGCUUCAUCGAGUACGAGAAGGCUCAGUCCGCUCAGGACGCCGUCGCCUCCAUGAACCUGUUUGACCUGGGGGGUCAGUACCUGCGGGUGGGGAAGGCCGUGACUCCACCCAUGCCCCUACUCACGCCGACCACCCCCGGAGGACUGCCUGCAGCCGCCGCCGUGGCUGCUGCCGCUGCCACUGCCAAGAUCACUGCUCAGGAGGCCGUGGGAGCAUCGGUGCUCGGGGCUCUGGCCGGACCAGCGCUCCUCUCUCAGCAGUUGGGAGGACUUCCUCAAGCCGUCAUGGCCGCCCAGGCUCCAGGUGUCAUCACAGGAGUGACCCCGGCUCGACCUGGCCUGCCUCAGGUGGGUCUGGUGAACCCAGUCCUGGCCACGCCCCCUACGCCAGUGGCCCCUCUGGGCUCGGAGGCGAAGAGGGAGGAGGAAGAGCGUCAGCAGGAGGCGCAGCAGGACGGAGCCAUGGAGCCGCUCAGCGAGCAGGAGCACAUGAGCAUCAGCGGCAGCAGCGCCCGACACAUGGUGAUGAGGAAGCUGCUCCGCAAGCAAGAGUCCACCGUCAUGGUUCUGAGGAACAUGGUUGGACCCGAUGACAUUGACGACGACCUGGAGGGCGAGGUGACGGAGGAGUGCGGGAAGUUCGGGCAGGUGAAGCGCGUCAUCAUCUACCAGGAGCGUCAGGGUGAGGAGGACGAUGCUGACGUCAUCGUCAAGAUCUUUGUGGAGUUCUCAGAAGCGGCCGAGAUGAACCGGGCCAUCCAGGCUCUGAACCACCGCUGGUUCGGAGGACGGAAGGUGGUGGCCGAGGUUUACGACCAGGAGCGCUUCGAGAACAGCGACUUGUCAGCGUAAAACUCAGACUCAGACUGAGCGUAGAGUAGAAGCUGUUUCUAUCGGUGUCUGGCUCUGUUUGACUGUCCAGGAUCUAAAGGACCAGUCUGCUGUUUUCAUGUCUCAGCCACAAACACCCUCCUCCUGCCGAUCAGAUUACUGAUCAGAUUAUUGAUCAUUCCCCUCCUGCUGAUCAGAUUACUGAUCAGAUUAUUGAUCAGUCCCCUCCUGCUGAUCAGAUUACUGAUCAGAUUAUUGAUCAGGCCCCUCCUGCUGAUAAGCUGAUUGACAUCUGGAGACAUCGUUGCUGUUUUCACUGAACAGUCAGUCAGUCGAUCAUUAAAAUAACUGAUCUGCAGGAGGAUCAGGAAGUUUCAGAUGGUGUGUUCAGGAACCCCUCUGGUGAGACGAUGAGCAGGUUUGAGCUGAAACAUGAAUCCAGCUGUGGUCCAGAUGUUACUUUUCCUGCUUAGUUCCAGAUGUUCAGGUUUUUUGCAGCAACAGAAACGUCUGGAUGUUUGUCCUCUGACCAACGUCCCUGAACGCAGCACAGCAACACAAACUCAAACCUCAGUCUGUCCUCGGAGACAUUUCAGAGAAAAGAGACAGACACCUCAGAGGUCAACAGUGCGUUCAGGUGCUCUUCAGGUCAAACACCAAAAUAUGUGAAUAAAACUUUUUUCCUUUUUUUA